AUGUCUGUUUUUAUUUCAGGUGCCAACGGGUUCAUUGCUCAACACAUUGUCGAUCUCUUAUUAAAGGAGGACUAUAAGGUUAUUGGUUCUGCUAGAAGCCAAGAGAAGGCUGAUGACUUGAUGAAGGCCUUCGGUAAUAAUCCGAACUUUUCUAUGGAAAUCGUUCCAGACAUUUCAAAAUUGGACGCGUUUGACAGUGUUUUCCAGAAGUAUGGUAAGGACAUUAAAAUAGUCUUACAUACAGCAUCUCCCUUUUGUUUCGACAUAACCGACAAUGAACGGGAUUUGUUAAUUCCUGCGCUGAACGGUGUUAAGGGAAUCCUAAACUCUAUCAAGAAAUAUGCUGCCGACUCGGUGGAUCGUGUUGUCCUGACGUCUUCCUUUGCAGCUAUGUUCGAUAUAUCCAAAGAAAGCGAUAAGUCUGUAACAUUCAAUGAAGAGUCUUGGAAUCCUGCAACUUGGGAGAAUUGCCAAGUUGAUGCCGUCAAUGCUUACUGUGGUUCUAAGAAGUUUGCUGAAGAAGCUGCUUGGAAAUUUUUGGAGGAAAAUAGAAAUGUUGUAAAGUUCCAAUUAACUGCUAUUAAUCCAGUUUAUGUCUUUGGUCCGCAAAUGUUUGAUAAAGAUGUGAAGAGGCAUUUGAACACAUCCUGUGAGUUCGUCAACAACUUGAUUCACUUAUCACCAGAGGACAAAAUACCCGAGUUUUAUGGUGGCUAUAUUGAUGUUCGUGAUGUGGCAAAGGCUCACUUAGUGGCUUUUCAAAAGAAUGAAACUAUUGGUCAAAGGCUGAUCAUAUCAGAAGGUCGCUGUACAAUGCAAGAUAUUCUCGAUGUUCUGAACGAUGACUUCCCCGUUUUAAAGGGUAAGAUUCCCGUCGGUAAACCAAAGACUGGCGCUACUUAUAACACUCUUGGUGCCACUCUCGACAAUACCAAAACAAAGAAACUACUGGGAUUUAAGUUCAGAAAUUUGAAGGAAACUAUAAACGAUACCGCUUCACAAAUUCUUAAAUCUGAGGGCAAGCUAUAA